GGCGGUGUGUGUGUGUUAAGAGCUGGGCUUGUCAUAUGUGGGGAGAGAGGGGAGGAGCAGUACACAUAUGCAUUACGCUACACACAUCUCUCCCUUCACUCUCGGCGAGACCUUCCUGUCUUCAGCAUCGCAGCAAAGCUUUCUCACAGCAUCUUCCUCACACUUCAAGAAAAUGCUAGCCGGUUUGAGAAGGUGGGCGGGCAUGAGCGGGCGUGCUCAUGGCGUAGCAGCGGCGGCACAGCAGCAGUUUGGCCAGCGUGCGUCCAGCAAUGAUGUGAACAUUUUCAGAGAUACCGCAACGAUGCGGAUGCCCAAUGGAGUAAAGCAAAGUCCAGGACUGUUCAGCCCCGAGGAGGUGGAGGGACGAGUGAAUCGCCUGCGUCACCACAUGGAGCAAGAGGGUCUGGCCGCCUGCCUCUUCACCUCCAUCCACAACGUCAACUAUUACACAGGAGGGUUCACCUACUGUGCCUUCGGGCGACCUUACGGAUUGCUGAUAACACCUGAAAAACACGUCACCAUCUCAGCACUGAUUGACGGCGGGCAGCCCUGGCGACGCUCCCCACAUGACAACAUAAUCUUCACAGACUGGAAAAGAGAUAACUACUUCAGGGCUGUGGCAGAGGAGCUCGGUCCCACUAAGGGAAAGGUCGGGGUGGAGGAGGACCACCUUAACGUGGAGAAUCAGGCCAAGCUGCUACACCACCUUCAGGGUGCCACUCUCACUGAUGUGUCUCAGGCCACCGUGAGGAUGAGGAUGUUCAAGAGCAAAGAGGAAAUCGCAGUUAUCAAGAACUGCACAGCCACAGCAGACGUAGGAGGGUGGGCGUGUGUUGAGGCGCUGGGCGAGGGAGUGCCUGAGUACGAGGUGGCAUUGGCUGGCACACGUGCCAUGGUGCGCCACAUUGCUGCUACCUACCCUAACAGCGACCUAAUGGACACAUGGGUGUGGUUCCAGUCUGGAAUAAACACAGAUGGUGCCCACAAUCCAGUCACCACCCGAAGAAUACAGAAGGGUGACAUCCUCAGUUGUAACGCCUUCCCGAUGCCCCAAGGGUAUUAUACUGCCUUGGAGAGGACCUUCUUCUUGGACCACUGCAGUGACGCCCACCUCAAGGUGUGGGAAGGCAACGUUGCAGUUCACAAACGAGGGCUGGAACUCAUUCGUCCAGGAGUCAAGUGUUCAGAAAUUGCCCAGGAACUGAAUGAACUCUACGCCGAGCUUGGUCUCCUCAAGUAUCGCAUGUUUGGCUAUGGCCACUCCUUUGGAGUGUUGUGCCACUACUACGGACGUGAGGCAGGUCUUGAGCUGCGGGAGGACAUUGACACAGUGCUGCAGCCGAACAUGGUGGUGUCAAUGGAGCCUAUGGUGACUGUUCCCGAGGGACUACCUGGAGCAGGGGGAUACCGGGAACAUGAUGUCCUGGUGAUCAAUGAAGAUGGAUCGGUUGAAAACGUAACAGGUUUCCCCUUCGGACCAGAACACAACAUUUUCAAGAAGUAAAGAGAGGAUGAAGGAAACCUUUCUGAUGCUAUCGGACUCUCCUGGGAAGAAAGAGAAUGUUUUUUUUCUUUCUUACACACGCACACGCACACAGGCACACGCACACAGUUGGUUUAUUGACAAAAAGAAACAUGAUUCAAGGAAGAAGCGGCACCACCACCACUAAAAGUCCCCUCAUCAGCACAGACGGGCCACUUAGAACCCGUGUGGUGCUUUUUGCUUCACGAAACAACAACGGACGAACUGCAAACCAUAUUCGUCUGAAGCAGACCCAUGAGCGAAACUAGUCAGGAAAAGUGCUCGUUUCCCAGCCCGUGUUUCCUUCACUCCCUACCACGACUCGUCACAAUGUUCACACAAUAAUAAUAAUAAUAAUAAUAAUAAUAAUAAUAAUAAUAAUAAUAA